UUUUACAAGCAAUAUAAUGGGCAAGGAUUACUACAAGACUCUGGGAAUUUCCAAAGGCGCUUCUGACGAUGAAAUUAAGAAGGCUUAUAGAAAGAUGGCGUUGAAAUAUCAUCCGGAUAAAAAUAAAGAAGCUGGUGCUGAAGCUAAAUUUAAGGAGAUAGCUGAAGCAUACGACGUCUUGUCUGAUUCCAAAAAGAAGGAAGUUUACGAUAAAUUUGGUGAGGAAGGCCUGGCUAAUGGUGGAGCCGGUGCUGGUCCUGCUGGAGCUGGCGGCGUUCCUGGAGGUUUCCAUUAUACAUUUCAGGGAGACCCUAUGCGUAUGUUCCAACAAGCUUUUGGAAAUGGAAUGUUCACUGAAUUCACUUUUGGUGAUAAUGGCAAUGCUGAUGUAGUUUUUGGAGAUGGUCUCUUUAGCGGUUUCCCUGGUGGUUUUGGAGGAAUGGGUGGACAUGGCGGUGGAAUGCCUAGACGGCCUAAACAAGAUACUGCAAUAGUCCAUGAAUUGCCUGUUAGUCUAGAAGAUUUGUGUAAAGGAUGUACAAAAAAGAUGAAAAUUACGAGAAAAAUUGUAAACCCAGAUGGCACUUCUAGGACUGAAGACAAAUAUUUAACAAUUAAUGUCAAGCCUGGAUGGAAGAAUGGAACAAAAAUAACUUUUCCAAAGGAAGGCGAUGUUUAUCCAAAUCGUGUGCCGGCUGACAUUAUUUUUGUUAUUAAAGACAAGCCACAUCCAAAAUUUAAACGUGAAGAUUCGGACAUUCGUUAUAAACACACAAUUCCAUUGAGAGAUGCCCUCUGUGGUCUUUCUUUACGAAUUCCUACAUUGGAAGGUGAUACAAUUCCUUUGAAGAUUGCAAAUAUAGUCAAGCCUGGGUCUACUCAUCGGGUCAGAGCUCGUGGCCUUCCAAAUCCACGUACCAACAUUCGUGGUGAUUUAAUUGUUGAAUUUGAUGUUCGCUUUCCUGAUUCAAUAUCUCCAGCAGCAAAAGAACUUAUUCAAAAUGCUUUGCCGCCAAAUUGA